AUAUUCCCCGUUUAUCCGCAACACCGUUCAAAAUGGCCCCCCUGCAUUAGGCUGCAAACUAAACUAGGGACUGGAAAGAGAAAAGAGAACGAGCAGACGGGGUGAUAAGUUAAAAAAGAGAAUAAGGACGGGGGUUUUAAGUGAAAAAGGCCAGCCAACAGAGGCCGGUGGAAAGGAGAGAAUCGAGCAGAGCCACCCGGUUGCUCCUCAUUUCCACUUUCCACUCUGCCUCCGCUGCCGAUCGCCGUCCCCGACCGCAGCGCAGGUGAGGAUCCAACCCCAACAAACUUCCAGGCGACGGACUGAGGAUGAGUGAAGAGGAUAAGGCUGCUGCUUCUGCUGAGCAGCCUAAGAGGGCCCCUAAGCUCAAUGAAAGGAUCCUCUCCUCUCUGUCCAGGAGGUCCGUAGCUGCUCAUCCAUGGCAUGAUCUCGAGAUCGGUCCUGGUGCUCCUGCUGUAUUCAAUGUUGUUGUUGAGAUCACAAAGGGAAGCAAAGUCAAAUACGAGCUUGACAAGAAAACUGGACUGAUUAAGGUUGAUCGAGUCCUUUACUCAUCAGUUGUAUACCCUCACAAUUAUGGUUUCAUUCCAAGGACUCUUUGUGAAGACAAUGACCCAAUGGAUGUGUUGGUCCUGAUGCAGGAGCCUGUUGUUCCUGGUUCGUUCCUGAGAGCUAGAGCAAUUGGCCUUAUGCCCAUGAUUGACCAGGGUGAAAAGGAUGACAAGAUAAUAGCAGUAUGUGCUGAUGAUCCUGAAUACCGUCACUACAACGACAUCAGCGAGCUGUCUCCUCACCGCCUGCAAGAGAUCAAGCGCUUCUUUGAAGAUUACAAGAAAAACGAGAACAAAGAAGUCGCAGUUGAUGCAUUCUUGCCCGCGACAACAGCUCAAGAAGCCAUUCAGUACUCCAUGGACCUGUAUGCCCAGUAUAUUUUGCAAAGCUUGAGGCAGUAGAUUGCAAGCAACAAUUUAUCUAUCAUGCGUCUUGGAUGGGGGCGUGAUUUUAAUAAGCCAAAUCGCUUGCUAUAUUGGGAACCUUGGAAUUGAGAACAGCGUCACUAGCUGUGAUUCGCUCCUUUCUCGUUAAAUUAUCAUAUGAAUAGGCCAAGUCCAUACGUUUACCGUGUGGCGCUCUGUCAGUCUUCGUCUACCCAAGUAGCUAGCUGCAUGGAGGGAUGUCUAGCGUUGCUAUGAGAUGGCACUCGUGGGUCUGCGGGCUGGCUACAUGGGUCCGUUCCUGUGUUUUCCGUAAAAUAAAAUUAUAAUUCUAUAUAAUUGAAUCAUUUAAUUUAUGUGAUCUUUUUGUGUAUUCCAA